CAGACUGCGACGGCGGCUAGGGCGGCGGUGGAGUGGUGGUGGGUCGAAAGUUCUGUGUCCAGCAGGGAUUGGCUUGAUUCGAGCGGUGUUUCUGAGGCAGAGCCCUAGUGCUGAGCCUAAUGGCUUUUCUCCUUCCAGAGUGUUCCUGUUAAGAUUACUUCCGUAAAGACAUGACCACACAGUACGGUAUUCUCUUCAAGCAAGAGCAAGCUCAUGAUGAUGCCAUUUGGUCAGUUGCCUGGGGAAAAAAUAAAAAAGAUGGUUCUGAAACAGUGAUCUCUGGUUCUUUGGAUGAUCUAGUGAAGGUCUGGAAGUGGAAUGAUGAAAAAUUGGAUCUACAGUGGACUUUGGAGGGUCACCAACUGGGCGUGGUAUCUGUGGAUAUCAGCCACACAGGCUCCAUUGCAGCAUCCAGCUCACUAGAUGCCCAUAUUCGUCUUUGGGAUUUAGAAACUGGCAAACAAAUCAAGUCGAUAGAUGCUGGUCCUGUUGAUGCUUGGUCUGUGGCUUUUUCACCUGAUUCCCAGUACCUUGCAACAGGAAGUCAUGUGGGAAAAGUAAAUAUUUUUGGUGUUGAAACCGGAAAGAAAGAAUAUUCUCUGGACACCAGGGGAAAGUUCAUCCUUAGCAUUGCUUAUAGUCCAGAUGGAAAAUACUUAGCCAGUGGAGCAAUAGAUGGCAUUAUCAAUAUUUUUGAUAUUGCAACUGGAAAGCUUUUGCAUACGCUAGAAGGUCAUGCGAUGCCUAUUCGUUCACUGACAUUCUCCCCAGAUUCUCAGUUACUUGUAACUGCUUCAGAUGAUGGCUACAUCAAAAUCUACGAUGUGCAACAUGCAAACUUGGCUGGCACACUGAGUGGUCAUGGAUCCUGGGUAUUAAAUGUAGCAUUUUGUCCUGACGAUACCCAUUUUGUUUCCAGUUCAUCCGAUAAAAGCGUAAAAGUUUGGGAAGCUGGAACAAGAACCUGUGUUCAUACUUUCUAUGACCACCAUGAUCAGGUUUGGGGAGUGAAAUACAAUGGAAAUGGGUCCAAAAUUGUAUCUGUUGGAGAUGACCAAGAAAUUCAUAUUUAUGACUGUCCUGUUUAAAUGUUGUCUCAGACUCUGUGCUUAACUCCUGGGGCAGUUUUCAGAAACACUACUGUCCUGCUAUGUAAUUUUUUUAGUAUGAUAAAAGUAGCUAUGUUUGUAUGUAAUCCUGAUUUUGUUCAGCAUGAAAGAAAGCUUUACUUUUUUAAAAAUAAAGGCUACAGCUGCAGGCAACUUGUGUCAUCC